AUGGAUGCCAACGAAACACAACAGUCCAGUCAACUGGAUAAUGUAUUUCUAAAGACUCUAUACUUGGAGCAGUUUGUCAAUAAGCAUAAACAGGACUUGGCAGCAUUGAAGAAUUAUGUAGAGACGACAAGGAGACAACUACAGGCCAAUCCAAAUGCACAGAUACAGUUUAGGGACGCAGAGGAGUUCUUCAAGAAGGAGGGAAUGCUUACUAAUGUACCAAAGGAGGCAGAUAAGUUAAAGUCAUACAAGGAGUUCAAAGAGUACAAGCAGAAGAUAUGGCAAGUGAAUCAUACGGAACCAUUUGAAGAUGGAGUAGACAACGAAGAUAUCUUCAUUGCAUCACAGACUGUAAACAUUAUCUGUCCAUUGACAAAGAAGCCAUUCGAGAAUCCAGUCAAAUCUGUAACAUGUGGACAUACUUACUCGAGGGAUGCUAUGCUUAGUAUGCUCAAGAGGACAAAGACAGUUGGAUGUCCAGUUGUUGGAUGUAACAAGUCAUGUAACGAAUCACAACUUGAGCGUGACGUUGAGAUGGAGGAGACUGUGAAGCGUGAGCUGAGGAAGAGAAGUCGUGAGGUACAGAAGGAUCCGGAUGACAUCAUGGAACUCUAA